ACUUCAAUUAAUCGGUUGAAUUAAAUGAAGUUCUACUCGUUAAAUUAGAAAAAUAUGUGGAUACAAAAUCUGUAUCAUGAUUAAAAUACAUGUAUUUUUGUUAGAAAUUGCAUUUGGUGUCAUCUCUUAUAAAUGAUUUUCCCGCGCAGUGUUAUUUUGAAAAUAACGACUUUUAAUUAAGUGAUAAAUAAGCGAUUCCAUCGUCAAACUUAUUGAAAUUUAGAAAUUAUCAUUUCUAUGUAGAUUAGCUGAUUGUGUUAUUCAUAAACAAAUGUUGUUUUAAUUACGUUAAAUGUCGUAUCUAAUUAGCAUCAUUAUGACUAUUCGUUUCGCCGACAUUCUACAAAUCGCAAUAUGAACAUAAGCAUUGCGAUCGAAAUUUUGUUGAACAUGUAUUCAUACAGAAAAAAGUUUAUACAAUAAUUUUAAUAUAUAAUUUCCGUCAAAGUCUAUCACGGCAUUACGAAAGAGCAUUCAAAAAAUUCGUACGUAUAAUGAUCGUUUUACUUAUUUACACAUGUUUAGUAUUAUGAAUAUCUACUGUUGUUUUACCAAUCAAACGCACAGAUAUUCUUAUCGUAACACAAUGUUAUAUAUUGUAUCAUGCUUUACAUUAGAUACAAUGUCGAGGCGUAAUAAAUUACCUAGCAGUAGCGUUUGCUGUUUCUGUGGGUUAUCGGAAGACAAUGAACUAGAGUUCGGAAAGAUCUACACACAUGGUGAUAUUGUUACCCAUUAUUAUUGCUUGCUUUUAUCAUCAAACAUGGAACAAAAAGGGAGAGAUAACGAAGGCAUUUUAGGGUUUUUAGCAUUAGAUAUACGUAAAGAACUUCGUAGAGGAAAAAGAUUGGUAUGUUCGUUUUGUAAAAAAAAUGGUGCUACUUUAGGAUGUUGUAAUACCAAAUGUAAACGAAUAUUUCAUUAUCCUUGUGGGCUAAGGGCUGGAACCUUAAAUCAGUUCUUUGGUGAAUUUAGGUCAUUUUGUAAACACCAUAGACCGAAACAGAAAAUAGAUCCUCAGAUAAAAAACGAAUUGGCAAACACCAGUGAUAUGAAAUGUUACAUUUGUUAUGAUAGCGUAAAUUCGGGUGAUAUAGUUAAUACCAUAUGGGCACCAUGUUGUAAAAAAAAUGCAUGGUUUCAUAGAAAAUGUGUUCAACAACUUGCUGUGAGUGCUGGUUAUUUUUUUAAGUGUCCCUUGUGUAAUGAUAAGAUAACAUUUCAAAAAGCAAUGCUAGAGUUUGGUAUUUUCGUUCCUAGUCAAGAUGCUUCUUGGGAACUUGAGCCAAAUGCGUUUCAGGAACUUUUACAUAGACAUGAUCGUUGUGAUGCUCCAAUAUGUCUCUGUCCUAAAGGUAGAAACUAUACAAGUUUUAACGCAAAGUGGGAGUUGGCACUUUGUCGAAAUUGUGGUUCCCAAGGAAUUCAUAUGGCUUGUGGACAGCUAAAAUGGGCGAAUCCUGUUUGGGAAUGUUUAGACUGUAUAUCUAUACUAGGUAAAUCCGUGGAAACGACCAAUUCAAAUUCAACUGGAAGUACAUUACAGAAUGAUUGUGACUCAGAAGAUAGUGAAAGUGAUAUUUCUGUUGGAAAAGAAUCACCUGUACCACUUACGUCAAAUGUAUCAGUUCCUAGCUCUACAUCGUAUAUGUCUACUAUGAAACAACGUCCUGGUCCACAGACAUUUAAAAUAAAACAACAACUUAAAGCAGCUAGAGAAUUGCAAAUGAUGCAAUUGAACAACAGUAAUAAGCAGGGAACUAGUAUAAAAAUUGGUACAAUGUUAAAUUUGAAGCAUCCAGAAGAAUCUACAAGUACUAAAGGAACUUCUAUGACUAAAUCAGAAUUAUUAAAAGAUGAUAUAUUCCACAAAUGCACUCAACCUGUUAAUUUAUUGACUGAAUAUUCCAAGUCAUUAUCAACUACAUCAAAUGAUACUGUAAUCAUGCUUGAUAGCGAUAACGACGAUAGUAUAGAGAUUGUUAAUGACAAUUCGCUAGACGAUACACUAAUUAUCCCUAGUGUUAAUGGAACUGAAACAAAGAAUUUAUCUUCAUCUAAGAAUAAUACCACAGAAGUAAAAGAAAAUUGUAUAAUACGAAAUUAUGGUCUACUUACAGUAGGGAAAUUAGUACAAGAAAAUAAUUUGAAGCAAAAUUAUGAUAAUAAUUUCUUGACGAGUAACUUAAAUGUUACUGCAGAUGUUGCGAAGGAACACGUUUCGCAAGGUGUUGUAAAAUCUGAUAUUUUAAAUGACACGAUACAGCUGAACCGAGAAACUCAACAUAAACCUAUGGACAUUUUUUCGAAAAUCAAAAUUACAAAUGUAAUGUCUUUGACGCCUGAAGAAUUUGAAAAUGUAUCGCCUGCCACGGAAAAGCAAAAGAACAACAAUAUUGAGUGCUCGAGAUCAGAGAAUAGUAAUGAAUUGUUAAAUAAUAAUUCAGUAUCUCAAUCUUUACUCUCACGAAAUGAUUGUUUGGUAUCGCAUUUAAAAAGAAAAUUUGACUAUACUGCAAUGAAUCCAACAACUUCGCCCGAAGAGAUGUCUAAAAGAAUAAGAAGAAACCUCAAUACGCAAAAAGAAGAGCAACAGUCUCUUCUGUUUAAAAAUACUAUAAAUACUGAAAGCUCGGUUGCGUCUGUAAAUAAUGUUUCAACCUCUACGUUUGCUAAAAAUUAUCUACAAAUUGACAAUAAUAAAAAGAAUGAAACUUCUGCGACUGUAUCUAAUAUGAUAAACAGAGAUCGGUCACACAUACAAACGAUACAGUCCUAUAAUACGAAUAAUUAUUCAGUAAAUGAACAUACCUAUAAUACAGAACACUCUACGGUGGGAAAGGGCAUAUCGUGUGAUGUAAGUGAUAUACCUACAAAUUCAUCAGAAUAUAAAAAAAGAGUCGAGAAUAAUAUCACAAAUGCAUGUAACGAACAUGCGGAUAAAACGAAUACAAUACCCAAAAAUAGGAAAAUUGAAAAAUACACAAGAAAUUGUGACGGGGAUGCAGGCACCAGUCCUGCUGCUAAAUCAGGAUAUAAAAGCUUCGCAAAGGCUACAAGAAUCGAUACAGAAGAAUGUAUCAAAUUGGAUCACUUCCAGCCACAAUCGGAUAAACCACACAGAUCGGAUCAGCGGAAAUCAGAAAACGAUACGGAGAUGGCAACCAUUUCAAUACAUAGGACAUCAAAUGCCACGUACAACGAUGUUUUCUACGAAAGAAGGAACAGAAACACUGAAUAUAAUUACUCUCGAUUAAUACCGGAAUACAUACGUUUACGUGACCUAAAGUUUCGUGUAUAUAAUACGAAUAAUCUACAGAUGACUUUGUACAAUAAGUUCUCUGUAAAUAUUAAUAUGGAAAGUACAACAAAUACGAAAAAGAACACUAAAUUUGAUGCAUCUAUACGAAAGGCUGUUCAACAAAAAGUUCUCAAAAUGCAAGGUGAAACUUCUUCAAAUUUUCGAUCGGAAGAUAUUUUACAUCGACUUUCGCCUCUCUGUAAUAAAGACAAGAGCAAGUACGGUGCGCUUAUUAAUGAUCAAUCCGAAAACUAUCGUGACGAUGCAAAAGAGAAUCUAGAUCCAAUAAUAGCACCUUGUAAAAGUAUUGCAGAUAAUUUAAUUACGAGUACAACUUUAAUUACAAAUAAUUCAAUUAUCUCUACAAAUAGUAAUAAUCAAAGUGAAGAUGGGAAUUCAACGCAUUUUGCAUACAACGCGUCUAAGGUAAUCGAAGAGGAUAAUAAAUGGCGUAAUCGAGAGAAUUUAGUUAAUAACGUUAAUAUGAUUGACAACGCUGAGAGUACUUUUGAUGUAGAAGAACGUAUUAAUGUAACGUCAUACGCGACUGCACAUUCUACUGAAAAAUAUUUUAGAAACAGUAGCGAUAUAAUGCAAAAUAUUCAAAGUUUAAAUACUGAUCAUAUAACAAGUAGUAUAGCCGGAAAGCGUAGCGUCAAAGUAGGUAUAAGAAACGAUUCUUUUGAUUCCACGAAAUUGGUUCAACGUACGUUACGUUUUGAAGAUCAUAUAAACUGUAAAACGGAGAAUAAGACCAGAAAUAUGAUCGAAACAUGUUUCAAAAUAAGUAUUGAUUUAAAAAAGAUAAAACACUUCAUCGAUGAUAAUCCAGAUUUAUUCUUUACAUGCAAAAAAAAGAGCGACGAACGAUGUCUCGAAGAAGUAGGUCGUUUAAAGGAACGCAGUGAUAUAGCAGAAAGAAUUAAUAUAUCAACGAAACGUGGUAAACGUUCAGCAAUAGAUGAAUCAAACCGUUUUGAGAAUCUUACAUUAAGCUUGCCUAUAAAUAAAGUAGUAGAAUUAAAAAAUCAAACAAACGAAGAUAACAAAAAAAUCGAAGAUACGAUAACUAUAGAAAAUGUACUACAAGGCACAAGACAUAAUAAAAGUUCAUCGUUGUUUAAUAAUCAAAAACGUGAUUUACAGCGUUGUCAUUUAGAAAAACAAUAUAUUUUAAAUAGGUAA